AUGGUAAUAUUUAUAUAUUUGUAUAUUUUAUUAGUAUUAGAAAUUAAUUACUUAUUCUCAAAAAAUGCAAGUAAAAAGACACUAUACAAAAUAACUUAUAUAAAUAAUGCAUUAAAAGGACUAGGCAAAAGGAAAACAGAAAAGUUAAAGAAUAUUAAAAGUUAUAUAAAUGUAAAAUUAUUAAAAAGUAAUUUCAUAGAUAUAACUAAUAGUAAGAAACAAAUAAAUAUAGGUAUUUUUGGUAGCACUGGUAGUAUAGGAAGAAACACUCUUGAUAUAAUAAAGGAAUGUAAUCAAAUUGAAAAAAUUUUUAAUGUAGAAGCUUUAUAUGUUAAUAAAAAUGUAAAAGAUUUAUAUGAACAAGCAAAAGAAUUUUUACCAAAAUACAUAUGUAUACAUGAUGAAACUAAAUAUGAAGAAUUAAAAAAUUUGUUACUUAAUAUAAAAAAUUACCAUCCAACAAUAUUAAUUGGUGAUGAAGGCAUGAAAACAAUAUGUAAUGAUAAUACUAUAGAUAAAAUAGUAAUUGGAAUUGAUUCUUUUCAAGGGAUUUAUUCAACAAUAUAUGCAAUUAAAAAUAAUAAAAUUGUUGCAUUAGCUAAUAAAGAAUCUAUUGUAUCAGCUGGAUUUUUUUUAAAGAAAUUACUAAAUGUUAAUAAAAAUUCAUUUGUCAUCCCAGUUGAUUCUGAACAUAGUGCUAUAUUCCAAUGUCUAGAUAACAAUAAGGUACUAAAAACUAAAUGUUUGCAAGAUAAUUUUUCGAAAAUAAAUAAUAUAAAUAAAAUUUUUUUAUGUUCAUCUGGAGGACCCUUUCAAAAUAUUUCUCUUAAUGAAUUAAAAAAUGUUACUUCAGCAAAUGCCUUAAAACAUCCUAAAUGGACUAUGGGGAAAAAAAUAACCAUUGAUUCUGCAACAAUGAUGAAUAAAGGAUUAGAAGUUAUUGAAACUCAUUUUCUGUUUGAUGUAAAUUAUGAUAAUAUUGAAGUUAUAGUUCAUAAAGAAUGUAUAAUUCAUUCUUGUGUUGAAUUUGUUGAUAAAUCUGUUAUAAGUCAGAUGUAUUAUCCGGAUAUGAAGAUUCCUAUUUUAUAUGCUUUAACAUGGCCUAAUAGAAUAAAAACGAAUUUGAAACCAUUAAAUUUAGUUGAAACAUCUCCGCUUACAUUUUAUAAACCUUCUUUAGAUAAAUUUCCAUGUAUUAAAUUAGCUUAUCAUGCAGGGAAAAAGGGAAACUUCUUUCCAACAGUUCUUAAUGCAUCUAACGAAAUAUGUAAUAAUUUAUUUUUAAAUGAUAAAAUAAAAUAUUUUGAUAUAUCAGCUAUUAUAUCACAAGUUUUAGAGUCCUUUCAAAUACAAAAAGUCUCAGAAAAUAGCGAAGAUUUAAUGAAUCAAAUUUUUGAAAUACAUAAUUGGUCAAAGAAAAAAGCUAUGGAUAUAUAUAAGAAAGGAAAUUAUUAA